AUGAUGUUCCUGCGGCAGGCGGCGGAACUCGGGGAUUCGCGCGCAAUGCUCGCCAUGGGCAACGCGCACUACUGGGGCAACUUUGGCGUCCCUCGGGACUUUGAACGCGCGCUGCGGUACUACGAGCGCGCGCACAACCAAGGAGCGCUGCUGGGAACCGUGGGCGUGGCUAAGAUGUCCUUGAAGGGGGAGGGAGCUCCGAAGAACACCACCAAGGCUAUGGACUACUACCACGCCGCCGCCAACAGGAGCAGCCCAGACGCGCUCAACGGCUUGGGCUACCUCCACUUCUACGGUGACGAGGUGGAGAGAAAUCUGACCACGGCGCUAUCGUACUUCAAGAGAGCCGCGGAGUUGGGGAGCGGCGACGGGCUCGUCAACGCCGGGCUCAUGCUCCGCGGGGGCAUGGGGUGCGAGCGGAACAUCUCCGAGGCUUACGGCUACUUUGUCAGGUGCGCGGCGAUGAACCACCAGAGCUGCCAGUACAACGCGGCCAUGAUCGAAGCCGCGGGGGAGCCCGAGCUGGGAAUCCCGCGCGACUGCGACAGGGCCGCCGCGCGCAUGCGACAAGUCGCCGAGGUUGGCAAGUGGAUGUCGCCGAUGGCCGACGGCCUCAAGGCGCAUCUCGCCGGGGAGGACGCGACGGCCAGGUGGCUCUACGAUCACGCCGCCGCGAUGGGCGUAGCGCAGGCGAAAUAUAACGCCGCGUUUCUCCACGAGCAGCGGGCCAGGAGCGUCCGCGUGGGCUACGACACCAUCUACGGCACCAUACACGGCACCGCGGAGGACGAUGACGCCCGAGGGCACGGUGAUGAAUCCACAACCUCCGGAUGGGCCGCCGCGCUGCGGAGGGAACGGGAACGAGAACGGCGGACCCGGGAGGCGGCGGCUCAGGUUCGGGAGCACCUGAGGGUCGUCGUCGGCGACAACCUCGCGACGUCUCAUCACCCGGGGACGAGUUCCCGGGACGAUCCGAUGAGGCUCUCCGGCGCUCUCUCCGCGGAGAUGCUCAGGCACUACUCGACGCGAAUAGGGUUCGAUCCCUCGGCGGAUUCGAUCGACCUGGCGUGGGCGGCGCUGCACCGCGGCGACUGCGCGUAUUUCGGCCCGCGAAGGCUCGGCGGUUGCGAGGUUUCGGACCACGGCGUCGCCCUCCGCGAGUACGUCGAGGCGGGACGCGCCGCGAGGGCCGCGAUGGACGCCGGUCGUCCGGACGCCGUCGACGCCGGCCCACUUCUCGCGAGGGCGCUCUACUCCGAGGCGUGGAUGCGAUCACGGGGCGAGGGGUGCGACGUCCGCGACGUCGGUCGAGCGAGGCGGCUGCUGCGGGAGGGGCUCGCGAAGGGCGGGUGGCGCUCGUGCCUCGCGCUCGCGCCGCCGUACGUGGGGUUGGUGUUGUCGGACAACCUUCCGUUCGCGGCCGAGGCGGUCGACUUUCUCGCCGCGGCUUUUCGGGCGUCCCGGGGGGGGCCGGGCUCCUCUUCGCGCCCGCCCGGCUCUGGCGCCAGAUUUGUGCGGCGAGUCGCGGACGCCUUCGGCGGCGGCACGUGGCGCGCCAUGCACACCAUCGAGAGCGCCCCGGACCGCAUCUACCCCCGCUGGCGGCUCUACUCGUCGGCGAUGUACGCCUUCUUCGUGUACACGGUGGGCAUGAUGGCCGGGUGGCACUACGUGGUGAGGCCGUCGGCGCGGUUCAUGUUUGGCUUGGAACUCGCGCCUCUCCCCUUUCAGGUUUGGGGCCACGGCCAGCGCAUGCUCCUCCGGGACGGCGCGUGGGUCCCGGACCUCGGCUAUUACGGAAGCCUCCGGGAGCGGGUCAGGCGGAACAUGAUCCGCGACAGGGUGCGCGCGAGGCUGCGCGAGAUGGAUCGGGCGGAGGCGGAGGAGGCGGCUUCCGACGAGGCUACAAACGCCGCUUCCCCUCCCCGGGAGGAGGCGGCGUUUCCUCCCGAGGGCGAGCCGCGUCCGCCGCCGCCGCCGCGGGUCGAUGUCGCGCGGGAGACGCCGGAGACGCUGCCACCGGAGGAGGAGCUCGGGGAUGACCGAUCGUACUCCCCGUUCGAACCCAUCGACUGA